CUCAGGGAGAGGUAUUUACAGACACAUUGAGCCCUGUCCCAGCUGUGGGGCAGUUUGUGACUUCCCUCUUCCCAACAUUCCCACACCCAGCACCCCAUGGUUAAAACACUGGUCUGGAUAACGCCAAUGUUUCACCCAUGAGAGUGGCUUCAUUUUGCUGAAGGGCACCUCGAAUUAGAGCAUUGUGCUGAAAACAGCCAUUGGCUCCCUUGGUCACCACCAAACUCUUUGGUUGAGGUUUUAAUUGCUAAUUAAGUGGUUUCUGUGCACGGAGCCAAAACAAGGACUGUGAGUCUGGUUGUGUUUAAUCUGAAGGACCAAUCCUUGUCUCCUGAGAGCAGCAAGUGGGAUUGAACAGGAAAAUCAUCAUCCCGUGGCAACGUUGCCGGUGGAGCUCUCCUCCAUCUCUGCUUCCUGGCCAGCCUGGGCUCCGAUAUGUUGUUCCUCAGCCCCAUCUGUCCUCCUUGUUCCAUUUUUCCGCUGUUUCUCCACGGGUUCUGCUGGGGCAUCUCAGAGCAUCUCCAAGCAGCUGAUGCUGGCGGUGGCCCAAGGAGCCAAGCGCAUCCCUGAGGCUGGGGACAGCUUUUCCUUCAGCCGGCUGGAGGAUUUUGGGCACCUGAGGCUCUGCGUUUGCAGUGAGGAGGAGAGGAGAGAAAACAGGAGAGGGGGAAAAGAAUCCGAUGCAGCCGCGUCUUCCAAAGAGCCCGAGCGCUGCUGCUGCUGCUGCUGCUUCCAAGAGACGGAGAGAGCCGGGGAGGUAAAUUGCAGUGAUUCAUCGUGGGCAGAUCGGAGGCAGGAAAUGGGAGUUCGCUGCCUGCCCCGUGCCCGCCGCGGGCUCGGGAUCGCCGGGGCCUGGCUGGCGGCGAGGGCCUGACGCCAACGGGUCGAGCAUCCCCGCACCGCGACGGGAGCUGCCGAGGAGCCACCGGGAAGAAGGGAAACAACCGGCGGAGGCCGAGAGCCGGAGCGAAGGGGGUUUUUCUGACUGCGUUUCUUCGGAGCCAUCCGAGAGAGCCCGUGCCUGCACUGUGGUCUCAGUGACACGAGUUGUGCCUGGUCUCAGCCUACCCAAGGGCUGCGGAGGGCAAAACCCGUUUGGGUGGCUGGAGAGGGGCCGGGUGCACCCUUGGGUUGGGUCUGUCCCCUCCCUCCUCGCAGGGACCGUGCCCAGGGGCCAGAUCUGAGCUCUGCACCACCCUGGCGUGCUCCGGGCAAUUCAGAUGGAGCAGCAGAGCUGCUUAGCUCCAUCCUGAUCCAGCCUUCGCCCCCCAAACUCCACUGCCAUGAAGAAGAAGGCGGCCAAUGGGAGGGGGCUGGAUCCUGCAGCCCCCCAGCAGCGAGCCCGGGGCAUCACCAAGUCAGCAGAGUACGUGGGUUCCUUUGUGGUGGAGGACUUGGACCUGCAGCAGCGAGCGGGGCGGCUGGAGGAGCAGCUGCGGGCACUGAAGGACUGCCCCAGGAGGAGGUUGGUGGUGCUGAGGUUCAGCUUGCAGGGGGUCAAAGUCUAUAGUGCCGAUGGUGAGACGCUGCUGAUGGCGCACGCCCUGCGCCGGAUCCUGUACAGCACGUGGCGACGCGCCGACCGCCAGUUCGCCUUCGUGGCCCGAAAUCCCCGCAGCCCUGGCAGCCCCCUCUUCUGCCACCUCUUUGUGGGGCUCCCAGGCGAGGUCCAGACCCUGCACCUCCUGCUCUGCCGCUGCUUCCAGCUCUGCUACCUCCUGGCGCACCCCGAGGAGCAGGCGCCCGAGGGGGAGCCCACGGGGCCGGGGGUGCUGCGGGAGCCGCUCAACCCCGACGAGGUGUCGCGCAACGUCAAUGCCCUCGUGUCCUUCCGACGCCUGCCUGCGCUCGGCUCCAUGGGUGCAGGGGACCGGCAGGUGGAGAGCAGAGCCUGGCGCCCCGGGAACCCCUAUUGCUCCCCGGUGCUGGUGCGCAAGAAAGCCAUCCGCAGCAAAGUGCUGCGCUCGGGGGCUUACCGGGACUGUGGGGCCGAGAGCCAGCUCCACCAGCCGCCCCGCGACGCUGAGGGGAUUAACGGGCUCCUGCAGCAUCAGCGGGAUGGGAGAGCAAAGGGGCGAGGAGCUUGGCCUUCCUCCCUGAAAAUGAGAGCAUCCUCGCGGAGAGCGUGUGGGCCUUCGCCGGCAUUGCCAGGGACAGCGGGAUCGCGCUGCUGCGGCGCGACGUGCCCGGCGCCUUCCUGCUGCGCCCCGAGCCCGGGCUGGCCAAGCGCUGGUGCCUGUGGGUGCAGGCGCCCUGCGGCGUUGUCACCUAUGGCCUCAUCAGGACACACCAGGGCAGGUUCUGCGUGGAGCACUCCAACACCGAGUUCCCCAGCGUGGCCGCGCUCCUGGCUCACUACUCCGCCGCACCGGGCGGCUGCUUCUGCCGCCUGGCCCCCGGCCGCCGCAACCCCGGCUACAAGGAGCGGGACCCCGGCGGCGGGGCCAGCGCCUGGGGGGACGCUGCCUGGGCCCCCGCCGGCCCCGUCGGGGCGCAGCAUGAGCGGGGUUAGGCCCGGGCAUGCCCCCCUCGGGCACCGGCCCCCCGACAUCCCCAUUGAGCUUUAAACCGCUGCCGUCUGCCUUAUCUGCCCCCUCCCGCGGCUGCGUGCGCUGGCAAUAAAUGGCUGUUGUGCUACUGG